AUGUCCCACAGGUCCAAACCCAGCAGCUCAGCAGAGCUGGCGAGAGGGCCCGAACGGGUGAACGAGGGGCUGCAAGGACUCRCGCCGCCUCUCUGCCCGCAGAGCAAGCAGGAGAUCCACCGGCGCUCGGCGCGGCUGCGCAACACCAAGUACAAGUCGGCGCCCGCCGCCGAGAAGAAGGUCUCCACCAAGGGCAAGGGCAGGCGGCACAUCUUUAAGCUGAAAAACCCCAUCAAGGCGCCCGAGUCCGUGUCCACCAUCAUCACGGCAGAGUCCAUCUUCUACAAGGGCGUGUACUACCAAAUCGGAGACGUGGUCUCGGUGGUGGACGAGCAGGACGGCAGAACAUACUAUGCCCAGAUCCGGGGCUUCAUUCAGGACCAGUACUGCGAGAAGAGCGCGGCGCUGACCUGGCUCAUUCCCACGCAGGCCAGCCCCAAGGACGGCUUUGAUGCUGCCUCCUACAUCAUAGGACCAGAAGAAGAUCUCCCAAGGAAAAUGGAAUAUUUAGAAUUUGUUUGUCACGCACCUUCAGAGUAUUUCAAGUCUCGAUCAUCUCCCUUCCCUACAGUUCCUACAAGGCCAGAGAAAGGCUACAUAUGGACUCAUGUGGGACCUACUCCAGCAAUCUCCAUUAAAGAAACUGUUACCAAUAAUUUAUAGGGUUUUUUUUAARGAAUUGGACCUGGACCUACGCUGGGUGUAUUCUCAGGUCUGCAACUCCAUACAAGAAGUUAAAAAUGUAGGAUAUUCAGGUUACUUCAUGGAUUGUGGUCCUUGUUUUAAGUUUCAUAUGAUCUUUAAAAUGAAAGUUCUCUUKUUAUUUGUUGUGUCUUUUCCAUGUUCCAUUCUUCAGUCGUUUUUGCCCAGUUUGGGAAAAAAAAACCUAYAAAUUUCAUGUCUUCCAGUUCAGUGUGCACACGAAUGACUUCAAGUUGCCUUUUGUGUUUUUAUAUUCUAAUCGAUUUCCAGAAACYGAGUUACAAUCCGUACUUUGAAUCAUCCAGCACUUUAUACACCUUUUUUUUAACAUAAUUACCUGUGACUGAAAUUUCUGUUUGUUUCCUAAAAAUUACUUAAUAACCUAGGAUUGCUUUCAAAUAAACGCUUUAAGGGUC